AUGGGCCCAAAAGCCUUGCUCAUGAUAUUUGCUGGUGCCCACGAGGAUGCACUGAGCCUCCGCAUCCUGUUUCCUUGGAAGACAUCUUUUGAGCUGCAGAACCACCAUUCCUCUCUAGAGUCAAGAGACCUUCAUGGAAGUGUUACAAACACAUCUUCUGUAUCACCAUCAUCUAUUCCUACAACAAAAACAUUUGUAACAACACCAAACACAACAUCAUUACCAAUUCUUGUUACCAAAGCAACAGCUGAAACAUCUCCUAAAGGAACAGCCAACAGCAAAUUAUUAGAAACAUCUCUAACGCCAACAACUCCUCCAUUAACAACUGCUAAAGAAGAAGAAUUAGGAACCAAAACCAAUGGUGUCAUGAAGAAUGAGUCCAUCACUACAAAUACAACAGUGACAAAUCUUCCACCUCCAAAUGCUGUUUCAACAAUACAAAGUCCCCAGAACAAGACUGAGAAUCAGAGUUCAAUCAACACAACAAAAAGACUAG